AUGGCCGAAAGACCACCCGUCUAUUUUCAAGAACUUCUAAAGCUCGCUGAUGUUGGAAUCCGUCAGCAAAAUAUUACUUCGGAGAAUGUUACAAUGGAAUCUGACAAAAAUAUUGUGGUCAGAGAAAUGGUAUGACUUUCUUUAUUUGAAAAUAUUAUUUCGAUUUCAUUAAUUUGAAUAUUUUCUAGAUUGACAAUAAACAACAAGUUGUAAUAAUUGAAUUAGAUGAACCACAAAAUCCAACUCGACUUUCAAUUUCUGCUGAUUCUGUUAUUAUGCAUCCAACUGCCAAUGUUUUGGCGCUCAAAUGUUAGUUUACACAUAAAAAUUGGUUGAGACACAGCAUUCUUUGUUCCAACCCCUUAGAAUACUGUAGAUCAACUAUUGUAGACUUUUGUGGAUGAAUACUGUUCUUGAAUUACUUAGUUACAGUAUCGUGAUCUACAGCAUUCGUAAAAUAAAAAUAAACCUGUAGAUCAACCACUGUAGAUUUUUGAAAAUCAAUGCUCGGUAAGCUGAUCUACAGUACGUGGGCAUAUAGUACUUCCUUGUUUUGUUAAAUAACGAGAUGUUUUUACAGCUGGAAAAACACUGCAAAUUUACAUUAUUGAAUCGAAAGCGAUUGUGAAGGAACAUCAAAAUAAUGAAGAUGUUGUUUUUUGGAAAUGGAUUAAUGAAACAACGAUUGCUUUUGUUACUGAAACAGCUGUUUAUCAUUGGUCGAUUGAAUGUAAGAUUUUCAAUUUGUUUCUCACAGAUCCUCAUACAAUCUAAUUUUCAGGUGAUGCGGCGCCUGUGAAAAUGUUCGAUCAUCAUCUUUCACUUUCCGGAACUCAAAUCAUAAAUUAUCUUUCUGAUGCUGAUUCAAAAUGGCUUGUUCUUAUUGGAAUAUCUGCAAAAGAUAAUCGAGUUGUUGGAAACAUGCAAUUGUACAGUACCCAAACAAAAGUAUCUCAACCAAUCGAUGGACAUGCCGCUUGUUUUGUUCGAUUCAAACUCGAAGGAAAUCCAUUUCCAUCAAAUUUAUUAUGUUUCUCAGUCAAAAAUGAAGCCGGUGGAAAAUUGCAUAUAAUUGAAGUUGGAUCGCCAGCGGCUGGAAAUCAACCAUUCCAGAAAAAGAAUGUUGAUGUACCAUAUACGGAUGAAAAUCAACAAGAUUUCCCAGUUUCGAUGCAGGUAAAUACUUUUGAUUUUUUUUGGCAUAAGAUUUCACAUUAAAAAUCUAUUAUUUCAGGUUUUUCUAAAGAAGGAAUAA